AUGACCGACGGCCCAACCCGCCUCCGCGACACCUUCGCCUCCAAGCCCGUCUCCGCCCACAACGACGCCUGGGACGCCCUCUACGCAGACUCCUUCCACCCCUGGGACCGCGCCGGGCCCUCCCUCGCCCUCGCCGACCUGCUCGCCCAGCGGACGGACCUGAUCCCGCCCUCGCAACCGCGCCGCCGCCGCUUGGCGCUGGUUCCCGGGUGCGGCCGCGGCCACGAUGUGCUGCUGCUGAGCGCGCUGGGCUACGACGUCGUCGGCCUGGACUACAGCCCCCGCGCGCUGGAGCUGGCGCGCGAGAACAAGGAGCGGGCAGAUGCCGAGGGGAGGUAUGCCGAGUACGGUGACAAGGACGGCGGCGGCGGCGUCGGCAGCGGCCGGGUGACCUGGGUCUCGGGCGACUUCUUUGGGAAUGGCUGGCAAAGCGACGCGGGUGCAAACAAGUUUGACCUGAUAUUCGACUACACGUUCCUCUGCGCCCUGCAGCCCUCCGAGCGCCCGCGAUGGGCGAAGCGCAUGUCCCAGCUCCUCUCCCCCGGCGGCCAGCUCAUCUGCCUCGAGUUCCCCUCCGGGAAGCCCCUGUCCCUGCAGGGCCCGCCCUGGGGCGUCUGGCCCGAGGUCUACGAGGCGCUCCUCGAGCACCCCGGCGAGCCGAUCGAGUACGCCGACGACGGCAACGUCAAGCCCGGAUCCGUGCCCCGGCUGCCUCACCCGGACGGGCUGCACCGCGUGUGUCUCGUCAAGCCCCGGCGGACGCACAAGGCGGGCACGAAUGAGGACGGGAGCGUCAGGGACUUUAUCUCCGUGUGGUCUCGGUAG